CAUGGCAACAGUCCAAACAGAUCCUCAAGACGGACUGGUCGCCUAUGAUCAACGCCUUAAUUAAUAUUAACGAUCAUUUUAAUGAAGGACCGAAUGUCUGUCGCGGAUUUUCUGCGGGAAGCGGAAGCUCUCAGAAGGCUGCUGUUUAAAGAGGAGAGAGCGGCGGGACCGCGCGCGCUCACAGAGCUCCGGGAUCACAUGAACGCGCAGCUCCGAGCAGACAUGAUGAAAGUCCAGCAGCAGCUGCAGAAACUCAGGAACGGUGUCUUCAGGUUCCAGGAGCAGCUGAUGGAUGUCAAAGCGUCUCCAGAUGUGAUUGAGAAACUAAAAGAGACCAUGACUGAUAUUGAGAACUCCAUCAGUGUUUUCAAAGACACACAACAUCAGAGUUUCGAGGAGCUCCUGAAAGAAGAGAGGACCUUCUCACAGGAGAUCUGUGCCUUCGAGAAGAAGAUUGACUCCUGGUCACUGCCUGUGAAAGCAGACGUGCGUCGUCCUCGUUCAGACGAGAAGAGCGACUGGAGGAACCUUCCUCCGGAGCUGACGGCGCUCCAGACCUUCCUCCAGCAGACGGGAGGCAGACACGGCGGAUGGGACGAGUUUGACCACCACAGCUUCCUGAAAGUGUGGACGAAGCACAGCGGAAAGCCCUCGUUCAGACAAGAAGCCAAGCUUUAUUUACCUGGACGGACCGAGGAGGACGUCAGGCUGCAUGAGGAGUGGUUUGUGGAGCUACGGCGGCUGCAGGACGCACAGAGAGAGGCCAUCCGCAAGUGGAGAGCGUCCAAGCGGAGAGAGCGUGAGCUGCAGCGGGACAGAGACGAGGAGCCGCAGGAGGACGAGGCCCGGUGUCUUCUGAAGCAGAAGCAGGAGGAGGAGCGCAGGGAGGCGUCGGAGCGUCUGGAGGCUUGGAGGAGGCGCAGGACACAGCAGAGAGAAGAGGAGCGAGAGCAGCGGCUCAGAGACCAGAUCCUGCAGCGGAGGAGAGACACAGAAGAGCGGCGGAGACAGCUGGAGGUCAAGCUCCUGGUGGAGGCACACGCCCAGCAGAAGAAGGAGCAGGAGGAGCUGCGUCUGCUGGAGGAGGAGGCGCAGGAGCAGGCGGAGAGACAGGAGCGGCAGCGGCAGGCGGCUGAAGGCAUCAGACGCUUCCAGGAGCGAGACUCACGACGCCUCGAGGAGAAACUCCAGGAGAAACAGAGCAAAGAGGAGGAGGAGAGCGAGCGGCAGAGGACACUGGACAAACUGAAGGAAAAGGUGGAGGUCAGCAGGGAUCCGUCCAGACUCUGGAAGUUCACUAAAGUUUGGGAAGAGCGCACGAAAGAGAUCGGCCCGUCCGGAACCGGACCCGUGUUUCAGAUCUUCCACAGAGCUGUUCCUUCAUGGAGACAAGACUCGUGAUGGAGCUUCACUGCACCGCUUCAAAAACCAACCCAAUGAACUGGAAACAAAUGUGUUGAAAUGUUGCAUUUUAAAUGAAGUUUCAAUUCAAGAUAAUGG